AUGGGGGACUGGUUUGGCGGAUGGAUUCUGGUAAGCUUUGGCUUUGAUGAAAUGGCAAUUGAGGAUCAGCCGAUUUAUAUGGCAGUGAAGGGCACAGCGUUCGAUGUUUCAGCUGGAAAAGACUUCUAUGGGAAGGGAGCUCCAUACAAUGCACUGGCAGGAAAAGACGCCAGUCGGGGUGUUGCCAAAAUGUCUCUGGAUCCAGAAGACCUCACCUAUGACACGACCGGCCUUACUGAGGAGCAGCUAAAGUCUUUGGAUGAUAUAUUUGAGAGCGUGUACAAGAAAAAGUACCCCAUUGUUGGCUACACCGCCAGACGGAUCCUGAACGAUGAUGGGAGCCCCAAUUCAAACUUCAAGCCUGAGGCUCAGCCACAUUUUGCUAUCAAAGAUGAAUUUUGAUGUAACAUUUUCAUUGGGCAAUCAGAUAACCAGAAAGAAAA